AUGGCGGACCAAGCACGAGCAAGCAACGUUGCGGCCCGGUAUAAACCGUUGGCAUUUCCCGCUCCGUCUUGUAUUCUUCCAUAUUUCUUAUUCUUCCCUCGCCAUCGCUUCAUUCCUAUUUGUUUAUCGGAUACAAUUUUCAAUCAUAGCUCAUCGACGAUGGUCGUCGCAUCAAGUGCUUCAGAAAUAUUGCUGAAGCCAAAUCGCGUAACCUUUCUGGACGGUGACAAAUCUACUUAUCCAUUUCUCAAGGCGCCAUUGUUAACCACAAACUCAACAUCAAUCCAGAGGAUAGUGUAUUCUCGACUCGGACAAACCCGAUCGAGCCUCCGUGGGUCGCACACACGAACGUUGGCUUUACCGUCGUGCCUUCUUACUGUGUUUCGUGAACUUGGCCAUCAUUCCCAUGCAGCGGGAGUGGAAUUUCCAAAGGGGCAGCCUAAAGACUAUAUAGAAUCAUAG